GGGAGCUGAACUGCCGGGCGCGCCAAGGGUGACGCGAACGCGGCCACUGGCCCGAGGGACCAGUUCCGGGAGCUUUGCUGGCGGGCUCUUGGAACAUGCCCGGCUUGGCCCUUUAAUGGGCAGACAGCCUGGUCACCCAGAGCAGAGUGAGAGCCGGUACCCUGCUGCUAAAUGUAGUAAAUGCUGUGUGUUGAUCCUGAGCCUAUUAGCACAGUGGGAGUUUCUGAAUGUAAAUAAGACCCGGUUCCUGACCUCAGAGGCGAGCAGUCUGUCGAGGGAGCUUCCACUAUCUAAAGGACCAUGGAUCUGCCUGUGGAUGAGUGGAAAUCGUACAUACUUCAGAAGUGGUCUUUGCUCCCAAAAUCCAUUCAGGUCACAAUUUGUACAGCAGAGACUUUGAGCGAUAUCUUUCUUCACUCCUCUUCGCUUCUUCAACCUGAGGAUGAGAUGUUUCUACAAGAGCUUUCUAGAGGUUACCUGGUGGGAAAGGACCCCAGUGCUCCCCUUUUCUACAGAGAAGAAGGAAAUAAAAAAUUUCAGGACAAGGAUUAUAUGGCAGCCACAGUGCUGUACACUAAGGGAGUAUCGCAUUCAAGGCCAAACACUGAGGACAUUUCGUUGUGUUAUGCCAAUCGCUCUGCAGCCCUCUUCCGCCUGGGCCAGUAUGAAACAUGUCUUAAAGACAUCACCAGAGCACAGAUGCAUGGGUAUCCAGAAAGAUUGCAACUCAAGAUGAUGUUACGUAAGGCAGAGUGUCUGGUGACUCUGGGGAGACUACAGGAGGCAAACCAGAUCAUCCGUGAUCUUGAAAGUAAUUUCACUGACAGACAAACCCUAGCAGCUUCCCAGUUCCAAAUUCUGCAGCGUACCCUCUGUCGUCUAAAAAUGAAGGUACAAGAAAAGGAGACCCCCACAGGAACCUUCCCAGCAGCUCUAACCACCGACUUUGAGGAUAUGAACCUAAGGGAAGAGAAUGAGCAGAUUUCCUGUGCAUCAUCAUCUGUCACUUUAUGCACAGACCCUUUAAAAGGCCGCAGUCUGAUCGCCACAAAGGAUAUUCUCCCCGGAGAGCUCCUGGUGAAAGAGGAUGCGUUCGUGAGUGUCCUCAGCCCAGGAGAAAUGCCACCGCUACGUGCCGGCCUGGAGAGCAGGUGGGAUACCAGAGUUACCAAUGGGGACCUCUACUGUCACCGGUGUUUGAAGCACACGUUGGCCACGGUUCCCUGUGACGGGUGCAGCUAUGCCAAGUAUUGCAGCCAGGAGUGUAUGCAGCAGGCCUGGGAUCUCUACCACAGGGUAGAGUGUCCUCUAGGCGGGCUGCUUCUCACACUGGGGGUCUUUUGCCACGUUGCCCUGAGGGCAACCCUCUUAGCUAGAUGUGAGGAUGUUGGCAAAGUCACAAGGAAGCUUUGUGAUGAGAUCAGUAACAGGGACAUCUGUUCACCUGAAAGCAAGAAUCUGGUGCAAACACUCAGUCACGACCUGGGAGGGGCGAGUGAGAAAAAUGGCGAAACAGUUGAGCCCCCGAUUCCUGGAUGUGACGUUAACGGGAAGUAUGGAAGUAAUUAUAAUGCUGUCUUGCACCUUUUGCCCCACACUCAAAAUCAUGGCCCAGAGCACAAAUUCCUCUGCGCGCUCAGUGUUGCUGCACUGUGCAGGCAGCUGGAAGCAGCCAGCUUGCAGACCCGCAGAACAAGUCUGAAAUCCUCUCAGCCCAAAGCUGCAGUGGUUCCUGCGAUGCGUCAAGAGUUGCAUGGUUGGGGAGUGGCCAUGCUGAGACACAUGUUACAGCUACAGUGUAAUGCUCAGGCAAUAACUACCAUACAGCAAACAGGAUCUAAAGAGAGCAUCGUUACCGACAGCAGGCAGGUCCGCCUUGCCACAGGCAUCUUCCCCGUUGUCAGCCUCCUGAACCAUUCCUGCAGCCCCAACACCAGCGUGUCCUUCGUUAGCACGGUGGCCACCAUCCGGGCCUCACGGCAGAUUGGGAAAGGGCAGGAGAUUCUCCACUGCUACGGGCCUCACGAGAGCAGGAUGGGUGUUGCUGAGAGGCAGCGGAAGCUGAGGUCGCAGUAUUUCUUUGACUGCACCUGCCUGGCUUGUCAGGACGGAAAGCGCAGAGCGGCCGCAGGGCCCAGGUGGGAAGCGUUCCGCUGUCACAGCUGCGGAGAGCUCCUGCAGGGAGGUGACGUGCUGAGCUGUGGCAGCGCCUCCUGUACGGAAUCGGCCAGCAGGGACCACCUAGUGUCUCGGUUCCAGGACCUUCAGCAGCAGGUCGGGAAGGCCCAGAAGCUUCUCAGGAAUGGCAAACUAGAGCGAGCCAUUCAGCUGCUGUUGGGGUGCCAGCAUGAUGCCGAGAGCUUCCUGUCCGCGGAACACAGCCUGGUGGGAGAAAUCGAGGAUGCCCUGGCCCAGGCCUUUGCUGCUUUAGGGGACUGGCAAAAGUCCGCUACCCACCUGCACAAGAGUCUCCGAGUGGUUGAGGUUCGCCACGGGCCAUCCAGUGUUGAAAUGGGCCAUGAGCUCUUCAAACUGGCCCAAAUCUUUUUCAAUGGGUUUGCCAUACCCGAAGCUCUGAACACAAUACAAAAGGCAGAAGAGGUUCUACUGGUGCACUAUGGCCCUUGGAACGACGAGAUCCAGGAGCUACAAAAGAUGAAAUCCUGUUUAUUGGACUUGCCGCCCGCACCUGAGGGGCCUUCAGUGUAGGGUCCCAAGGGGACUUUGGCCCACAGGAAAGGAGCCAUGGGUGAGCCAAAGAGGUUCUGUUGCCCCUGAGCUGGCGCCAGGGAAUGCAGGACUCGCCUGACUGCCACAAGCCUCGGGCCGGAGGCGCGGGGCGGACUUGGACAGCAUUGCAGUUGGAGGGAUGCUCACCUAUUGUGAUGAAUGUUUCUUGAAAUUGUUAACUGCCCUUCAGUAAAAACUCCCAGUUCCCAUAAAAGACUUAAAACUAGUAUCUGGAGAGCCUAAGCCCUUUAAAGGAUUUUAGCUGAUCCGCAGGCAUCUGGAUGUCGGCCUGGGGUUUUGGCUAGGCGCCACCUCCCUAAAUGAUGGUAGUCUGUUUCCUUGGGACAUUCCUAUGGUUUCUAGUAGUCAUGAAUGUAGUAUACCACUCCAGUGGGAACUUAAACUCUCAGUAGUUGUAUUAUAAUUGAAAAAUAAUUAUAAAGCAAGAAAUCAGGGAGGCUCCUUACCUCUAGAGGCAGUUUCAUUUAUGGUAUCUGGCUUCCUCAAAUCCUUUGUUAAAACGGGUAGAGUAUAAAUUAUGAAAAGAGGAAGAAAUAUGGGGCUGUUUUAUGGUCGGGCAAUCUCUCCCCAGGAUGGCAAUUCUAAAUUUGUUUCCUGCCAGUUUUCUAGGCCUUAUUGCCUGGCUUUCAUUCUAUACUCUUGGCAGACCCACUGUCCAAAUACUAAUAAAACCGGGCUUGUAGCAAUGACUUUGUAUCACGUGUGCCUCCUGAGUUCUGUUGAUUAGCAAGCCUGAAAGGAGAUGACUUUUUAUUUUUCUACCAGACCUCCCCAAGCUGGCAAAUGAAAUACAGACUACAUAAGUACAGAGAAGGGGAAAAACUUCAGGAGAUACUGAGGAUACGGGCAUUACCGCUGUGGUCUCAAACUUAAGAGACAGAAGUAGGGCCCUCGCUGGUGUGGCUCAGUUGUUUGGGUGUCUCUCGCCCACCGAAAAGGUCUCUGAUUUGAUUCCCAGUCAGGGCACAAGUCUGGGUUGCAGGCUCAAUCCCCAGUAGGGGGAGUGCAAGAGGCAGCCGAUCAAUGUUUAGCUCUCUCAUAUCAAUGUUUCUCUUUUUCUCCCUCUCCCUUCCUGUCAAAAAUCAAUUAAAAAUCUUAAAUACAUUUUUAAAAAGACAGAGGUAGGGGUGAUAACUCUCUUCUACCUGGAUGUGUAGCAAUGGUCUCGACCUCGCCCGGUAAGAAGGCUGGAGUCGCCCUGGGUCUGAACCCCGGUGGCUGAAUCACCGCUGGUGACCAAGUGGGGCAGAUGAGUUAGAGGGAAGGAAUGCCAGGCCCACACUGCUUUGAGAGCUUGCUCACCCUGGCCAUGCCCCAGAAGUGCCCUCGGGCUGCCACAGCAUUAUCACCAGGAAAUGAAUAGCCCUGAAGAUGCUUGGCAGAAGCUCCUCAGGAAGCGGAGUGUUUGGAACACGGUUCGUACUGAAACAUUUGAAUGAAGAGCAGGCAGAAUCUGUUUAUUUUAUUUUCUACUAACUCACUCUGGCAAGGCAGUGGCCAGCGAGAGAUUUCUGUACAGCUAACUUUUUCAAGAAGAAAAACUUAGUUCUGUGGACAAUGUUACAAACAUUUGGCAUGUUUUAUGUUCCUGAAAAAGUUCCUGUUGUACUUUGUAAACUAGGCAUACUUCCUUAAAAAGAAUACGUUUAGAAUUUUUACAUAUCAGGUCCCAUUUUUACGUGUACUUGAGAGCUUUCUUUAAAUGCUUUAUAAAAUAAAGAAGUAUUUUUUGACAUUACCAAUUACCUCCCUUACCUAUUCAUGUUAUCCCCUGUUGUCAGGUGACUUGACUUGACUGGAAGAGACUUGUGCUUGCA